CGGAAUUGCAUUAAAUUCUAACAGUAUUCCAGAGUCAUUGCACCAAAAUAAAAUGGCAGGAAAGCAAUGGUUGGAAAGUUUUUUGAUACGACAUCCAAAAUUAUCACUACGUAAGCCAGAAAAAGUUAGUCUUGCUCGUGCAACUGCUUUUAAUGAACAUACGGUGUCAAUGUUUUUUGAUAACUUGUUAGAAGUUCAAUUAAAAUAUAAAUUCAAACCAGAAUGUAUUUUUAACGCAGAUGAGACAGGAUUAUUAACAGUAACAGAUCCUCCAAAGAUUAUUUCAACUCGUGGAACUAAAAGGGUUUCACAAGCUGUUUCAGCAGAAAGAGGUUCAUUGGUGACAAUGUUAGCUUUUGUGAAUGCUAUGGGUAAUACAGUUCCACCUGUAUUUAUAUUUCCGAGAGUAAAUUACAAGGAUUUUAUGAUAUGUGGAGCCCCAACAGGAAGCUUAGGGCUGUGUAACAAAAGUGGUUGGAUGACAAGUGAGAACUUUUUAGUUGCAAUGAAGCACUUUGUUUCCCAUGCUAAGCCAUCUGUGGAGCAUCCAGUGCUGUUAUUAAUGGACAACCACGAAAGCCACAUUUCAUUUGAAACAAUAACAUUUGCAAAAGAAAACUCUUUGAUUUUAUUAACAUUUCCACCACACUGCAGUCAUAGAUUGCAGCCUUUGGAUGUUUCGGUGUUUGGUCCUUUUAAAUCUUAUUUUAGAUUGGCUCAGAAUGAAUGGUUGGCCUCCAAUCCAGGGAGAAUUAUUAACAUAUAUAAUUUACCUCAGCUAGCAUGCAAAGCAUAUAAUAUGUCGUUCACAAUAAAAAAUGUUUGCAGUGGGUUUUCUAAAUGUGGGAUCUAUCCACUCAAUAGACAAAUAUUUGGGGAAAGUGAUUUCAUAUCAUCUAGUGUUAGUGACAGACCUCUUCUUGUCAAGCAACCAGAAAUUAAACAACCAGAUAAUCAACAAUCAUAUGAAAUAAAUAAACAAGUUGAUUCUUCAGAAUCAUCAGUCAAAAUAGUUAGUCCAGAAUCCAUUCAUCCGUACCCUAAAGCACCCCCAAGAAAAGAUUCUAAAAAAAGAAGAAAGCAGGGUAAAAGUACUAUAUUAACUAAAACUCCAGAAAAGACAGUAAAUAAGAAGAACAUUUUUGAAACUGGUAAAAUUACCACACAAAAUCUAAAAAGAAAAAUUGACCUCAAAAGAGGGAAAGAAACAGAAAUCUUUGAUGCAGAUUUUUUAAUUGUGUCAUCUGUAAAAAAUGCACCCGUAAACCAACAACAACAAAAUACUUGCAAAAUAUGCAAAUGUAACUGGAAAAAUUUCGUUGGGCCUGCUUGGAUUCAGUGUUUUACUUGUCAAUGGUGGAUAUGUGGUAAUUUUAAUAAUAACAGCAAGAAGCGUUAUUAUGAAUGUGAACUAUGUGAAGUUGACUGUUGAUAUCUUCUACACUUUCUUUGAUGGUUUUUAUUUCAUGUACUUUGCAACAAGCAAUAAUUGUUGAUUUUUAUAUUUUGGUUAAACAUAAAUACAAUGAAUUUUUUAAAUAUCUAA